GCGUCUGUUUUUAAUGUGUUGCUGUGAAAAGGAAACACAAUCUGCAGCGAAAGCCCCACUCCAACUGGGGCACGUUGGAGAAUUACGUUAAUCUCAAAAUCGUCCAGCACCAUUACUGGUAUGGACUGAAAUAAUAACGAAUAGGAGGCAGGUGCAUCACGUCCCUGCACAGGAAUCAUCUGUCGUGCAGGCUAACAGCCCUGUGACAAGCUUCACCUACCAGAGCGAGAGGGAGCACGUGUGAGAGAAGGGGAGGCAGAGGGAGCAGCUGAGAAGGAUCCCAGGGACUGAUCCCACAGCCGAACGCAGGCUGCAGGAAGGACUCGGGUGAGCUGCGGCUUUGCCAGCACCAGGGAACACAAGGAGCUCUGCUGUGGCACCCGCAGAUCGCUAAUACCUGUGCCCAAGAGACCUAUUGAACAGCUAUGAAGAGCUCUGUGGUCUGAGCCAACAGAAGAAGCCACCGUGGUCCUGGGAGAUGCAGUAUUGACUUUGAGCAGGACCAUCUCAGAAGCUCAACCUGUAAAGCAGAGAACCUGUAGCCUGUUUGUGCUGACCAGGGGCAGCUGAGCAAAGCAUCAUGACAAGCCGUCAGGAAGUAAAACCCCUCAAGAAAUCUUUGGUCCCGGGAGUUCUCAUCACCCAGUUUGUGGAUGAGGUUCCAGAGGGAUGCAGUACACCUGACUUUGAGCGGAAACCUGUCUCUCUGACAUUGGAGGAAGGUAAAAAUGCCAUCUUCAGAGCUGUGGUCAUAGGUGUCCCAACCCCUGAUGUGAAAUGGACGCGUGCACAAGGCCGAAUGGAUGACCCUGCCAAAUAUGAAACAUUCUUCGAUAGCGUUACAAAUGAAUUCAUUCUGCAGAUAAACAAACUCACUGCAAAAGACAGUGAUUUGUAUCGUUGCUUUGCUGUGAAUGAAUAUGGGGAAGCUUCAUGCUCUGCUGGCCUCAGGAUCAUACAAGUUGGCUUUAAGAGGAAAGCAAAAUACGUCCCUGUUCAUGCUGCUGAUGAGUUAAAGAAGACGCUUGAGGACUCCAGGAAGCGGCUGAGGAAGCGGGCCCCAGCACCAAAACCCAAACCCUUGGAUAAAGAAGCAGUCUGGCAAUUGCUGCUGCAUGCAGAUAAGAGAGACUAUGAGAAAAUCUGCAUCAAAUAUGGAAUUGUUGACUUCCGUGGGAUGCUGAAAAAGCUGCAGGAGCUGAGGAAGGACGCGGAGAGUGAACAAGGAGAGCUAAUACACAGUAUCAAAAACUUCAAGCACAUCCAAGUCACCAAGGAUGGAAAAGCUACUUUCAGCCUGGAGAUGGACCUGAAAAGCAGAAAAAGCAAAGUCUAUCUGCUUAAGGAUGGUGAAAGGCUCAGGUAUGAAACGAGUAAUGAGUAUGGGAAGCACUGCCUGAGGCAAAUUGGGAAGAAGUACAUAUUCAUUGUCAAUGAUCUGCAGCAGGAAGAUGCAGGAUUGUAUCAAGUCCGAGUGGAGGAUGUGCCUGUUUUCUCAACUGAACUGGACCCUGACUCCAUCCCUGUGGGAUUUGAGCAGCCACUCAGCAAUAUGAAUUGCCCUGAGAACGAAGAUGUCAUCUUCAAGUGUGUCCUACGCACCCCCUGCCAUGAUGCUGUGUGGCUACACAAAACCAAUGUCCUGGAGGCAAGUGAGAAGCACCAGAUCUCUGUAAGUCCUGAUGGGCUGACCCACCAACUGACUAUCAAAAACGCUGUGCCCUCUGACAACGGCAUGUACACCAUCGACACUGGACUUUCCUCCUCAAAUGCCUGGCUUAUUGUAGGGCAUGCCAAAGGAAAGGGGAGACCAGGUGAAGGAGAAGAAGGCUAUGAGUGGCUGGAAGAAACAUUGCCAAAGAGAGACUGGGCAAAGAAACUUCGACAGAGAGAAUCUGCUGGUGAUGGAGAUCAUCUCAUGGACACUGGCGAGGAAAAAGAUGGCUGGUACAGAAAUGGUCAAGAAGGAAGCCAAGGCUACUCUGUUGAUGCUGAUGGAAGCCAUAGAUUUUUGGGAAAGGAUGGGCUACGCAGAGCCAACAGAAAUGAAAGUAUGGGGGGUGGGCAGUUUUCUGAAGCAGAUCUAGAUGGAGACACCAUGACAAGUGAUGGGAGCAUCUUUGGAUUAAAAGGCUUUGGAGGCAAAGGUGGAUUAAGGCCUUUCCAAGGCAAGGAUUCUAUGGCAGGCAGAGCAGAUACUGGUGAUGAAUCAGGAGCAGUAGGUGAAUGGAAUUCUGUGGAUGGCAGAGGUGGUGCUAUCCUACGUAGUGUUAAGGUUGACAUGGCUGACGGAGAAGGUGUGGGUUUUCAGCAUGACAAGGAUGGUAAAUUAGGUGAUACUAGUUACAGAGCUGGUUUUGGGGGUGUUGGGAAAUCAGGUGCUGCUGGUGGAAGAUCUGAGGUAGAUGGACUUGAUCCUGAUUCAACCGGAGUGGGAGAUGGUAAGGAUGGCUCCUUCAGAAGGACUGGUCCAUGGACUGGCGCUAGAAAGAAUGCUGCAGGUACUGAGACUGCAGGAGGAAUGAGGUCCCCCUAUGGCAAGGAUGGUCUGCCAACUGUGGUUGAUAGGGAUGGAGCAAGUAUAAACACAGAAGGACAAAUAGGUAUCCCGUAUGGUGAGGAUGGCUUGGCACUUCAUGAUAGAGGUCACUUAGGUCAGACAGGAAGGUCUGGCUUGCUGUAUGGUCCAGGUGGUCCUCCAGUUGGAGAUGGGGCUAUAUCUGGUGCAGGUGGCAGUUCUAUAGGGGAAAUGGAGGCUUUGUAUGGUCCAGAUGGUUGGCCACUUAGACAAGGCGCUGGUGUAGCUGGUGCAGGAGGAGCUGGAUCUCCAUAUAGAAAGGAUGGUCUCCCAGUUGGACCAGGAUUUGGUGGUGCUGGUGCACCUGGUGCAGGAGGAGUUGGGUCUCCAUAUGGAAAGGAUGGACUCCCAGUUGGAGCUGGAUUUGGUGGUGCUGGUGUAGCUGGUGCAGGGGGAGUUGGAUCUCCAUAUGGGAAGGAUGGUCUCCCAGUUGGAGCUGGAUUUGGUGGUGCUGGUGUAGCUGGUGCAGGAGGAGUUGGAUCUCCAUAUGGAAAGGAUGGUCUCCCAGUUGGAGCUGGCAUAGGUGGUGCUGGUGUAGCUGGUGCAGGAGGAGUUGGUUCUCCAUAUGGGAAGGAUGGUCUCCCAGUUGGAGCUGGCAUUGGUGGUGCUGGUGUAGCUGGUGCAGGAGGAGUUGGGUCUCCAUAUGGAAAGGAUGGUCUCCCAGUUGGAGCUGGCAUUGGUGGUGCUGGUGUAGCUGGUGCAGGAGGAGUUGGAUCUCCAUAUGGAAAGGAUGGUCUCCCAAUUGGAGGUGGACUUGGUGGUGCUGGUGUAGCUGGUGCAGGAGGAGUUGGAUCUCCAUAUGGAAAGGAUGGUCUCCCAAUUGGAGGUGGACUUGGUGGUGCUGGUGUAGCUGGUGCAGGGGGAGUUGGAUCUCCAUAUGGGAAGGAUGGUCUCCCAGUUGGAGCUGGCGUAGGUGGUGCUGGUGUAGCUGGUGCAGGGGGAGUUGGAUCUCCAUAUGGAAAGGAUGGUCUCCCAGUUGGAGCUGGAUUUGGUGGUGCUGGUGUAGCUGGUGCAGGAGGAGUUGGAUCUCCAUAUGGAAAGGAUGGUCUCCCAGUUGGAGCUGGCAUUGGUGGUGCUGGUGUAGCUGGUGCAGGAGGAGUUGGAACUCCAUAUGGAAAGGAUGGUCUCCCAGUUGGAGCUGGAUUUGGUGGUGCUGGUGUAGGGGGAGUUGGAUCUCCAUAUGGAAAGGAUGGUCUCCCAGUUGGAGCUGGCAUUGGUGGUGCUGGUGUAGCUGGUGCAGGAGGAGUUGGAUCUCCAUAUGGAAAGGAUGGUCUCCCAGUUGGAGCUGGCAUAGGUGGUGCUGGUGUAGCUGGUGCAGGAGGAGUUGGAUCUCCAUAUGGAAAGGAUGGUCUCCCAGUUGGAGCUGGCAUAGGUGGUGCUGGUGUAGCUGGUGCAGGAGGAGUUGGAUCUCCAUAUGGGAAGGAUGGUCUCCCAGUUGGUGCUGGAUUUGGUGGUGCUGGUGUAGCUGGUGCACCUGGUGCCAUAGGAGUUGGGUCUCCAUAUGGGAAGGAUGGUCUCCCAGUUGGAGCUGGAUUUGGUGGUGCUGGUGUAGCUGGUGCAGGGGGAGUUGGAUCUCCAUAUGGAAAGGAUGGUCUCCCAGUUGGAGCUGGAUUUGGUGGUGCUGGUGUAGCUGGUGCAGGGGGAGUUGGUUCUCCAUAUGGAAAGGAUGGUCUCCCAGUUGGAGCUGGCAUAGGUGGUGCUGGUGUAGCUGGUGCAGGGGGAGUUGGAUCUCCAUAUGGAAAGGAUGGUCUCCCAGUUGGAUCUGGAUUUGGUGGUGCUGGUGUAGCUGGUGCAGGGGGAGUUGGAUCUGCAUAUGGGAAGGAUGGUCUCCCAGUUGGAGCUGGUCUUGGUGGUACUGGUGUAGCUGGUGCAGGGGGAGUUGGAUCUCCAUAUGGAAAGGAUGGUCUCCCAGUUGGAGCUGGCAUAGGUGGUGCUGGUGUAGCUGGUGCAGGGGGAGUUGGAUCUCCAUAUGGGAAGGAUGGUCUCCCAGUUGGAGCUGGAUUUGGUGGUGCUGGUGUAGCUGGUGCAGGGGGAGUUGGAUCUCCAUAUGGAAAGGAUGUUCUCCCAGUUGGAGCUGGAAUAGGUGGUGCUGGUGUAGCUGGUGCAGGAGGAGUUGGAUCUCCAUAUGGGAAGGAUGGUCUCCCAGUUGGAGCUGGAUUUGGUGGUGCUGGUGUAGCUGGUGCAGGGGGAGUUGGAUCUCCAUAUGGAAAGGAUGGUCUCCCAGUUGAAGGUGGAUUUGGUGGUGCUGGUGUAGCUGGUGCAGGGGGAGUUGGAUCUCCAUAUGGAAAGGAUGGUCUCCCAGUUGGAGCUGGAUUUGGUGGUGCUGGUGUAGCUGGUGCAGGGGGAGUUGGUUCUCCAUAUGGAAAGGAUGGUCUCCCAGUUGGAGCUGGCAUAGGUGGUGCUGGUGUAGCUGGUGCAGGGGGAGUUGGUUCUCCAUAUGGAAAGGAUGGUCUCCCAGUUGGAGCUGGCAUAGGUGGUGCUGGUGUACCUGGUGCACCUGGUGCACCUGGUGCAGGAGGAGUUGGGUCUCCAUAUGGAAAGGAUGGUCUCCCAGUUGGAGCUGGCAUAGGUGGUGCUGGUGUAGCUGGUGCAGGGGGAGUUGGAUCUCCAUACGGAAAGGAUGGUCUCCCAGUUGGAGCUGGCGUAGGUGGUGCUGGUGUAGCUGGUGCAGGGGGAGUUGGAUCUCCAUAUGGAAAGGAUGGUCUCCCACUUGGAGCUGGAAUAGGUGGUGCUGGUGUAGCUGGUGCAGGAGGAGUUGGAUCUCCAUAUGGAAAGGAUGGUCUCCCAGUUGGAGCUGGCGUAGGUGGUGCUGGUGUAGCUGGUGCAGGGGGAGUUGGAUCUCCAUAUGGAAAGGAUGGUCUCCCCGCUGGAGAUGGCAUAGGUGGUGCUGUUGUAGCUGGUGCUGGAUUUGGUGGGCCUGGUGCAGCUGGUGCAGGGACCUCAUAUGGAAAGGAUGGUCUUCCAGUUGAAGCUGGCCUUGGUGGUGCUGGUGCAGGGGGAGCUGGGUCUCCAUAUGGAAAGGAUGGUCUCCCAGUUGGAGCUGGAUUUGGUGGUUCUGGUGUAGCUGGUGCAGGGGGAGUUGGGUCUCCAUAUGGAAAGGAUGGUCUCCCAGUUGGAGGUGGCAUAGGUGGUGCUGGUGUAGGUGGUGCAGGGGUAGGAGGAUCUCUGUAUGGAAAGGCUGGUGUCCCACUUGGGGGUGUGGCUGGCUCUGGUCAUUUUCGUUUGGGAGGUGCAGAAGUAAUGGGGUCUCACCAUGGCAGGGAUUCUGUUCCUAGCAAAGCUGCAGGGUAUGGUGGUGGAGCAGGAAAUGUCUUUUCCUCAGAACAUGGUGGUAUAGGUGGGUCUGCAAUAAGGGAUACUGCAUCUCCCUAUGGCAAGGACAGUGUGUCAGCUGGAGCCAGGGCUGGUGUGGAUGGCAUUGGGAGUUUGAGAGGUGAUGGGAAGGGGUUACGUUCUGUAGGUGGUAAGGAAGGUGUGGUAGGUGCUGAUGGACGAGGGGGUGAAUAUGGGCUGGAUUCACGUCCUGGCAAGCCUUCUAGUGGACGUGAACCUGGAAAGGGCACUGCCAGUGAUUUCAGAUCAGGGAGCAAAGGUUCAUCUGAUGACAGAGGUUCACUUUCACGUCAAGCAGCUGCCAGGGGUGGGGGCAGAGAUCUAGGGCAGUUACGGUCCCUUCAUGACACUAAAUCUGCCUUUGGAGGGGCAGCAAGUAAAUCCCUUAAUAGAUUUGGUUUUGGGAGGAGUUCAGGUAGUUUUGGUCAAGGUCCAUUGGAUUAUGGUCAGAUGUCAGCUCGUUAUGGUGGACUUCCUUCAAUAAACCAGCGGAAAGAGGAACCCAGCCUUGAUUUUAAAACAAAUGAUUUCUUGACAAGUAUAGAAAGUGUGGAAAAAAGACGACAUUAUUGCCUUGAUGAUCUGAAAGCACCACGCUGUCAUGUCAACAAACAGCUACUGAAUGUCAGAGUCCUGAAAGGGGAGCCAGCUGAGCUGUCUUGCACUGUCAGUAAAGAUGGAGUGACAGGAACCUGGUUUAAAGAUGGAUUGAAGUUAACCAGCAUGGAGGGAGUCUGUUUUAAAAAGGAAGGUCUAGUCCACAAACUAGUUAUUGACAAAGUGGACGAUAUUCAUGCUGGGAAAUACAGGUUUGAAAGUGGAGAUAUAAAAACCGAAGCUUCAAUUUUUGUUGAAGAUCCUCCACAGGUUGACAAAGUGCUCCUCAAAAACUUAACGAGUGUUCCUACUGUGGCCAAGGCAGGGCAGAAUGUAACCAUCAAGAUCCCUUUUGAGGGCCGGCUGCCAAUCAGAGCAGCUUGGCUGAAGGACAAGAUGGAGCUAGCAGAUGACACAAGGAUCCGUGUUGAUAAAACAGACACCUUUACCAAGCUGUCCAUCUCCAGCACUGAAAGAAAGGACGCUGGGGAUUACAAAGUCAGGCUCAAGAAUGACAGUGGGGUCCUGGAGAUCAACUUAAAACUUGUGGUAUUUGACAAGCCCCAACCACCUACAGGACCCAUCAAGAUCGUGGAGAGCUCUGCAAACGAUAUCACCAUUCAGUGGAAGCCCCCAAAGGAUGAUGGGGGCAAACCAGUGCAAAGCUACAUCAUUGAGAGACAGCAGGUGGGCAAGGACGAAUGGGUGACUUUGGGAGAAACCCCCAGGAGCUGCACUACCUUCACUACCAACAAAGUGGAGCAAGACAUGAGCUACUACUUCAGGGUGAGAGCUGUGAAUGCUGAGGGCACCAGUGAUGCACUGGAAUCAGGGGAAGUGAAGGCUGUCAGUAAGGCUACACCUGGUGCCCCAGAUCCCCCUGAGAUUGUCAGUGCCAGCAGAGACACCAUCACAAUAUCCUGGAAAGCACCUCAGAAAAGCGGCAGUUCCCGAAUUGUGGGGUAUCUUGUUCAGAAGCGCAAGAAGGGUACCAUGACCUGGCUGCCAGUCAACAGCGUGCCUAUAGCAGACAAGAAGCUGGAGAUGACCAAUCUCAAGAAAGGUCUGCAGUAUGAGUUCCGUGUGGCAGCUGUCAAUGCUGCAGGUACAGGAGAUGCCAGUGAACCGUCAAAGCCUGUCUUUGCACGGGAUUCCACAAAAUCUCUAGGUCAGGUGCAGGACCUUCAAGUGAGCAGCAGUGACAGCUCUAGUAUCACCUUGACAUGGAAGAGACCUGAAACGAAUGAUGGGAAUGAUGUGAAGGGCUAUGAAGUGGAAGUGCGGUCUUCUAACAACCUCAACUGGACCAAAUGCAAUGUUCUUCCCAUAGAGACAACCACUUACACAGUCAAAGGCCUCCAGGCCAAGGAGAUAUACUUCCUGCGUGUGAGAGCCCUCAAUGACAGUGGCCCAGGAGAAGCCGCAGAGCUUGAAGCUCUCCUUGGCCCUGCUCCCCCUGUAGUUCCUCCAAGGUUACUAAUAGAUGACACAGUGAAAAGCUUCCUGGUUAUAAAAGCAGGAAAUACCAUCCGAGUGAAUAUUCCCUUUGAAGGGUCUCCAGACCCAGUGGUGACCUGGUUGAAGGAUGGGCGUCCUCUUCCAAACCAGGCUACAAUAAAAACCAAAGAUGAUACCACGCAGCUGCUGAUUGGAGCAGCUGAGUUCACUGACAGCGGCACCUACACUGUUGAGCUCCAGAAUGGGUUAGGGAAAAGAGAAACAUUCAGCUUUCAAGUUCAAGUUACAGAUAUCCCGCAAUCACCUGGACCUAUUCAACUGCACGAGAAUGUGCCAAACACAGUGACAGUAACCUGGGAGCCAUCAGCAUCUGAGAAAUGGGAGAGAGAUCUCUACUACACAGUCCUGAAACGUGAAUCACAGAAGGGUACAUGGCGUGUGGUGGGCGACCUGAUCUACACCAACAAGUUCACAUUCACCCGCUUGAUCCCAGGCCGGGACUACUACUUUAGAGUUGUGGCAAAGAACAACUUGGGAACCAGUGGUCCAUCUGAAACUGUGCAGCCUUGGCGAAUCCGGAAGCCAAAGGCCGAGUUUCACAUCAAACCCCAGAAGUACAAGGGAGUUAAUCAAAACCAGCCCCCGAGGUUCCUUGUCCCGUUGAAGCCUCAUGUGGUGACCACUGGCAGCGAGUGCCGCAUGAGCUGUGCAGUUGGAGGCCAUCCAGCUCCAAAGAUCAGGUGGUACAAGGACAGUAGAGACCUCUCCAAUGAUCCCACCUAUUAUUGCACAAACGACUUUGGAGUCUGCUCCCUGGUUGUCCUGGGUGUCACGAAACAGGAUGAAGGAGAAUAUAUGGUAGAAGCCACCAACGCAUCGGGCCGUGCAUUCAGCAAAGCCUUCCUCACUAUUAAAGACUCCACCCUGUAGCAUGACCUUCCUGAGAACAUCCCUCCACUGCUGUGUAAAUAUGAAGGGUUUCAUUGAGAACUGGUCUACACAAAGGCUAUGGUUUUAUUUGCAG